CUGACACAACUAUAAUUUGUUUUAUAAUUCAAGAAUAUAUAACCAAUCAUUUUUAAUUGUUAGUCAAAUUACAAUUUACUCGUGACUGAAUUACAUUUAUUCAAUAAUACUAAACGAAUGAGGUGCACUUUAAAGUCUAUGCUAAUAUUGACUAUAAAUAAAAUAAACUUUAAUUAACAAAUUACAACUAAAUUGAAUAUAAACUUUGAUUUACAUCUUGAUAAAUAUUUCUUGUACAUAUUGAAAUGUUAAUUUUCUUUUUGAAAAUACCAUCAAAGAGAUUUUUCAGUCAUAUUAUAAUCAAAAUUAUAGGAAUAGGAAGUUUCUUGAUUAUAUUAUUGCUUACAUUAUAUCAUCUGUCAAUUCCACCUAAGAUACACAUAUAUUAUUCAAACCAUAUCCAAAUAAAACGAUACAAUGCCAGUCAUGUUUGUGAAUAUCUUUUCAGGAACUCUACUAUGAAUCAUAGUCAUGAAAUUUCUGACAGUAAUCAAUCAUUUUGGAAUCAUAGAAAUUUCAGUUUAUCAAAUCCAUACAGUUGCAAACAGUUCAAGUUGUUCUAUGGUCAUACUGUUAAUUUGUCAAAGGAAGAAGAACAAUUUCCACUGGCAUUCAGUAUAGCUAUACAUCAAAGCAAUAAACAAGUAUCUCGUCUCCUUCGUUUGAUUUAUAGACCACAUAAUUUAUAUUGUAUUCAUGUGGAUUCGAAAUCUCCGCAAACAUUAUAUGAUGAAGUUUUAAAUUCUGCUAAAUGUUUCGGUCCUAACGUUAUAGUGGUUAAUAGAUCAGAAAGUGUAAAUGUUCAAUGGGGUUAUUUUUCCAUACUUGAAGUGUUUCUUUUAUGUGCGGAUAAAUUAUUAAAUAAUACUGACUAUAUGUGGAAAUACAUUCUAAAUCUAACUGGACAAGAACUGCCUUUAAGAACAAACUGGGAGUUGGUUGCAGCACUGAAAGCUAUAAAUGGUUCGAAUGUUGUAGAAGGUCUAGGUCCUCGAUUUAACCGUAAUAGAUGGCCUGAUAAGAAAUUUGAAUUUCCUAUUGUUUGGAAUAAAGGAAGUUUCUAUAUGGCAUUAAAACGAGAAUUAAUACAAUUUUAUAAAACUGAUUUAAAGUCACAAAAAAUACUUAAUGCAAUCAAAGCUGAGAAACAUUUACGAAAGCAUCCAGAUGAAUUAUAUUUUCCUACUUUAAAUUAUAAUCCUCAAUUUGGUGCACCUGGUGCUUGUAUAAAUAAUAAUAAUUCAUCUCCAUUUAUAGCACGUUAUGUAAUUUGGGGCAUGGAAAAAUGCGUUAGUCAAUACACUCGUCGAUCUGUAUGUAUAAUUGGUAAAGCUCAUCUACCAUUUAUACCAUCAAGAAUGGAGUUUUUUGUAAAUAAAUUUCAAGAAGAUUUUCAACCAAUUGCAUAUGAUUGUAUAGAAUAUUAUAUUAUGAAUAAAGUAAUCAAAGAAAUGCAAACAAAACAAUUAGAUCCAAAUUUUAAUGUAACAUUUUAUUCUAGACUGCAUUGUUCUAGUAAUCAUGUUUAAUACUGAAUCAUUGAUUUCUAUUCAUCAAUAUUUGUUCCUGCAAAGUUCUAUUAUCCAUAAGAGUUAAAUAUGUCAUUUCAUAUUCUUGUUUAACCAAUGAUUUCGAUAAUGUAAUAAGAAGACAAAGAUUAUCAGAAUUAUGUAAUAUAUUAGCGUAAUGCAUUUUGAACAAUCUUAUUACAUUAUCGAAAUUUAUCAAAAGGACUAAUUGCUUUAACCAAUGAUUACUUUAUUUUGGGUAAAUUUGUAUAAUUUUCGUAACUAAGAUAAAUCAUAUUGGUGAUAUAUUGAAUAAUCAAGACAUUUACUGCAAAAUUAAAUAUUUAAUGUUUUGUUUAAACUUAUCAUAAUAAUACAAUACAAUUUCAUAUUGCAUACUUCGAAUUUGAGUUCUUUGAUUGUGUCUUGUCAAAGUUCUAAACUUUUUGAGAUUAGUACUAUUUCGUUAUAUUAUGUCAAAUUCACAGAUGACCUACUAUCUAAGAACUUAAUUAUGGCUAGGGAGCUCUUAUUAUUUAAAAGGAAUUUUUAGUAAAUAAGGGCUUUUUGUAAUAAAUGUAUUACAUAGGAUAAAGUUUUAUUACGUUUUUUUUAUUAGGAUGAAUGUAACUCAUGCACCAAAUAUAUACUAGUGCACUUAGUUUUAAGUUACACUGGGAAUUUGUCAGUGCCCUAAACUACAAUAAAUGGAAUGGAGUUCGGACCUGAUUGAAAGGUGAGGAAAUCAACUGCUAACCCACCGACUUAAAAUACUUCUUUAAAAAGAUUUUAGCAACAAAAAUCCAUGUAAAUAACUUUAUAAGUAUAAAACUAGUCACUUUUAUUUCUAGUAUUGUGAUGAACUUAGUCUUUAUGUUAGUUAUGCUGUUUGCUCAAAUCUACCACUAAUCUUUUUACCUUUUUUUUAUUGCAAAACUUAUUUUAAUUACAGACAUUUUUAAUAUAUUUUUACAUUAUCAUGCUAAUUAAAAAGCCAUGUUAUUUCUAGCUUCUUCAAAACACCUUUUCA